AUGGAAGCGCUGGAUUUGUGCCCGGUUGGUCACCCAGAUCGGCCCUCGUCAUUAAAUAACCUUGCCACUCAACUCUCCUCCUGCUUUGAGCACCGAGGCAAUGAGGAAGACUUGGAUCGGGCUAUCGCACUUCAGAGGGAAGCGCUGGCUUUGCACCCGGUCGGUCACACAGAUCGGUCCUCGUCAUUAACUAACCUUGCGAAUCAACUCUCCUCCUGCUUUGAGCACCAAGGCAAUGAUGAAGACUUAGAUCAGGCUAUCGCACUUCACAGGGAAGCGCUUGCUUUGCACCCGGUCGGUCACACAGAUCGGUCCUCGUCAUUAAAUAGCCUUGCCACCCAACUCUCCUUCCGCUUUGAACACCGAGGCAAUGAGGAGGACUUGGAUCAGGCCAUCGCACUUCAGAUGGAAGCGCUGGCUUUGCGCCUGGUCGGUCACACAGAUCGGUCCUCGUCAUUAAACAACCUUGCCAUUGGACUCUCCUCCCACUUUGAGCACCGAGGCAAUGGCGAAGACUUAGAUCAGGCUAUUGCACUUCACAGGGAAGCGUUGGCUUUGCGCCCGGUCGGUCACACAGAUCGGUCCUCAUCAUUAAGUAACCUUGCCACUCAACUCUCCUCCCGCUUUGAGCACCGAGGCAAUGUCAAAGACUUGGAUCAGGCUGUCGCACUUCACAGGGAAGCGUUGGCUUUGCGCCCGGUUGGUCACACAGGUCGGUCCAAGUCAUUAAAUAACCUUGCCAUUCAACUCUCGUCCCGCUUUGAGCACCGAGGCAAUAACGAAGACUUGGAUCAGGCUAUCGCACUUCACAGGGAAGCGCUGGCUUUGCGCCCGGUCGGUCACCCAGAUCGGUCCUCGUCAUUGAAUAGCCUUGCCACUCAACUCUCCUCCUGCUGA